AUGAUUGGUUCUAUUAUUCUUGGCUUGGUCCUUGCCAUCAUACUGUCAUUCUUUGGCCUCUCAUUUCCAGCGCUGCGGCAGCGAUGGACACUUCAUGCACACCGUUCACAACCCCCUCCAGGACCCAAGACCAUCAGGACCGGUAUUCAAAAGCCAUGGCUCUGGUUCCAAGAGCUCAGCAAGGAGUAUGGCGAUGUCGUCUACCUCCAGAUGGGACCGACCCCGACCAUCAUAUUGGGUUCCGCCCAGGCAGCCUGGGAAUUGCUUGAGAAACGUGGAGCCAUCUACUCAUCCCGUCCACGCUUCAUAAUGGGCAGCGAGCUCCUUUCUGGAGGUAUGCGUGGUCUGAUAGCCCCUUACUCGGCCUUCUGGAGGCGUUGGCUUAAGGCCUUACACAACGGGUUUAUGCAGCGCCAGAGUGAAUCAUACCGGCCGAUCCAAAAUCUCGAAUCCAAGGUGCUGAUGCACGACUUGCUCACGAACCCUAAGGAAUUCCGGACACAUCUUGAGCGUUAUGCUGCUUCGGUUAUCGUGACGGUUACCUAUGGAAGAAGGGUUGAGAAUGUUCGGACUGAUGCUGUGGUGCGGGCCAAUGCUGAGGCUAUGGACCGCCUCACGUCGGUCAAUAUCCCAGGCAAGUUUGCUGUGGAACGAUAUCCGGCCCUCAAGUAUGUUCCAAGCAUCUUUGCGCCAUGGAAGGCUGAAGUGCUGAGGCAACGGCAAAAGGAUAUUGACAUGUAUCUCGGUCUAUUGAACGAGGUCAAAGACAAGAUGAGGCGAGGUGUAGCAGUUGAUUGCUUCACUACAUACCUGAUCAGCGAGCAGAUGAACCAUGGCAUGAACGAUCUUGAGCUUGCAUAUGCUGCUGGUUCACCGUUUGGUGCUGGAGUUGAGACGUCCGCCGGUUCUCUAGCCAGCUUCCUCCUCGCUUGCGAAAAAUUCGGCCAAGACUUUAUUCCCAAAGCCCAAGCCGAGUUGGAUCGAGUUGUUGGCAGCGACCGAUUGCCAACUUUUGAGGACAUGGCGUCGCUUCCAUAUGUUACUGCUAUCAUUUCAGAAACGCUGCGUUGGCGACCUGUUGCCGUUCUUGGGGGCACACCCCACGCUAGCAUCGCGGAUGAUACGUAUAGGGGCAUGUUUAUACCGAAGGGGAGCACGGUUAUUGCGCCUCUUUGGAGUAUUCACUUAAAUGAGAAUGACUUCCCUGAUCCGCAUACGUUCUUGCCGGAACGUUUUCUCGGGCAACGUGAAUAUCCCGGUCCAUUUGGCCACUGUGCCUUCGGAUGGGGUCGCCGUAUUUGUCCCGGCAUGCAUUUGGGACAUGCUUCGGUGACUAUCAACAUCGCGCGCAUACUCUGGGGGUUCAAUGUUGGUCCAGCGAAGGAUGAGCGCGGUGAAGAUAUUGAUGUUGACAUGUGA